AGCCUUGAAGAGGACAGAGCCGACUCGCGGGGCACUGGGGGUCGCGCGGGGUCAGCUUAUCAUGGCGGAUCGGACAGCUCCCAGUUGCCAGCUCCGACUAGAGUGGGUGUACGGGUACCGGGGUCACCAGUGCCGCAACAACCUGUACUACACUGCUGGCAAAGAGGUGGUUUACUUUGUAGCUGGGGUAGGGGUGGUGUACAACACCCGCGAGCACAGCCAAAAAUUCUUCCUGGGACACAACGACGACAUUAUCAGCCUUGCCUUACAUCCAGAUAAAACUCUGAUUGCAACUGGCCAAGUUGGGAAGGAGCCAUAUAUAUGCAUCUGGGAUUCCUAUAGUGUCCAGACUGUGUCUAUUCUCAAAGAUGUCCAUACACAUGGAGUUGCAUGCCUGGCUUUUGACUCAGAUGGACAGCGUUUAGCCUCUGUGGGAUUGGAUGCCAAAAACACAGUCUGCAUUUGGGACUGGAGAAAGGGAAAACUUCUGGCCUCAGCUACUGGCCAUUCUGACCGGAUUUUUGAUAUUUCCUGGGAUCCAUAUCAGCCAAAUAGAAUGGUCAGCUGUGGAGUAAAGCAUAUAAAGUUUUGGACACUAUGUGGAAAUGCCCUGACUGCAAAAAGAGGGAUAUUUGGCAAAACAGGAGAUCUCCAGACUAUCCUUUGCCUUGCAUGUGCCAAAGAAGACAUCACAUACUCUGGUGCUUUAAACGGUGACAUCUACGUCUGGAAGGGGCUCACCUUGGUCCGAACUGUUCAAGGAGCACAUAGUGCUGGAAUCUUUAGCAUGUAUGCUUGUGAAGAGGGCUUUGCUACUGGUGGGCGAGAUGGCUGUAUACGAUUAUGGGACACUGAUUUCAAACCAAUAACCAAAAUUGAUCUCAGAGAGACAGAACAAGGAUAUAAAGGCCUCUCUAUCCGGAGCGUGUGCUGGAAAGCUGACCGCCUUCUAGCUGGAACCCAGGACAGUGAGAUAUUUGAAGUGAUUGUGCGAGAGCGGGAUAAGCCAGUGCUCAUCCUUCAGGGCCACUGCGAAGGCGAGCUCUGGGCUCUGGCUUUGCACCCCAAGAAGCCUCUGGCUGUGACAGGAAGUGAUGACCGCUCUGUCAGGCUAUGGAGUCUGGCCGACCAUGCCUUGAUUGCCCGCUGCAACAUGGAGGAAGCAGUCCGUAGUGUCUCUUUCAGUCCUGAUGGGUCUCAAUUGGCCCUGGGCAUGAAGGAUGGCUCUUUCAUUGUUCUCCGAGUCAGAGAUAUGACAGAAGUGGUCCAUAUCAAAGAUAGAAAAGAAGUCAUUCAUGAAAUGAAAUUUUCCCCAGAUGGUUCUUACCUCGCAGUAGGAUCCAAUGAUGGACCUGUGGAUGUCUAUGCUGUUGCCCAGCGGUAUAAGAAAAUAGGAGAAUGCAGCAAGUCCCUUAGUUUUAUCACACACAUCGACUGGUCUCUGGAUAGUAAAUACUUGCAAACCAAUGAUGGUGCUGGGGAGAGGCUGUUUUACAAAAUGCCAUCGGGAAAGCCUUUAACAAGUAAGGAAGAAAUCAAAGGCAUUCCCUGGGCCUCCUGGACAUGUGUGAAUGGGCCUGAAGUGACUGGGAUCUGGCCCAAAUACACAGAAGUUAUUGACAUCAAUUCAGUGGACGUUAACUACAACAGUUCAGUGUUGGUAUCUGGAGAUGAUUUUGGACUGGUCAAAUUGUUCAAAUUUCCUUGUCUAAAAAAAGGAGCCAAGUUUAGAAAGUAUGUGGGACACUCUGCACACGUUACAAACGUCCGCUGGUCCCAUGACUUCCAAUGGGUGUUAAGCACAGGAGGAGCAGAUCACUCGGUCUUUCAGUGGAGGUUUAUUCAAGAUGCUGUCAGUAAUGGCAUGCUGGAAACCACACCCCAGGAAGGUGGCACUGAUUCCUACAGUGAAGAAUCUGACUCGGACUUGUCUGAUGUACCUGAACUGGACUCUGAUAUCGAGCAGGAAACUCAGAUCAAUUAUGAUCGUCAGGUUUACAAAGAAGAUCUACCUCAGCUAAAGCAACAAAGCAAAGAGAAAAACCAUGCAAUGUUCUUUCUCAAGCGGGAGAAGGCUCCAGAGGACAGCCUGAAACUUCAGUUCAUACAUGGUUACAGGGGCUACGACUGUAGGAACAACCUGUUCUACACACAGGCUGGAGAAGUGGUGUACCACAUUGCUGCAGUUGCUGUGGUGUACAACAGGCAGCAGCACACUCAGAGGCUGUACCUGGGGCAUGACGAUGACAUCCUCAGCCUGACCGUCCAUCCAGUGAAGGACUAUGUGGCCACUGGACAGGUUGGAAGAGAUGCUGCUAUUCAUGUGUGGGACACACAAACUCUAAGAUGUUUGUCACUAUUGAAAGGGCACCAUCAGAGAGGAGUGUGUGCACUGGAUUUUUCAGCUGAUGGAAAAUGUCUGGUGUCCAUUGGUUUAGACGAUUUUCACAGUGUUGUGUUUUGGGACUGGAAAAAGGGAGAAAAGAUAGCCACAACCAGAGGACAUAAAGAUAAAAUAUUUGUGGUAAAGUGUAAUCCACACCAUGUUGACAAGAUGGUUACAGUUGGGAUUAAGCAUAUCAAAUUCUGGCAACAAGCAGGUGGGGGCUUCACCUCAAAAAAAGGAAUCUUUGGAAAUGCUGGAAAAUUGGAAACAAUGAUGUGUGCUUCUUAUGGGCGAAUGGAAGAUCUAGUGUUCUCAGGGGCAGCCACUGGAGACAUUUUUAUCUGGAAGGAUGUUCUACUACUGAAGACAGUGAAAGCUCAUGAUGGACCCGUAUUUGCUAUGUAUGCCCUAGACAAGGGCUUUGUAACAGGUGGGAAAGAUGGGGUUGUGGAACUCUGGGAUGACAUGUUUGAAAGAUGCUUGAAGACCUAUGCGAUCAAAAGGGCUGCGCUCUCAACUAGCUCUAAAGGCCUGCUUUUGGAGGAUAACCCUUCAAUUCGUGCCAUCACCCUGGGCCAUGGACACAUUCUUGUGGGGACAAAAAAUGGAGAGAUUCUAGAAAUUGAUAAGAGUGGCCCAAUGACACUGCUUGUUCAGGGACACAUGGAAGGGGAAGUGUGGGGACUGGCAGCACAUCCUCUCCUGCCUAUCUGUGCAACAGUGAGCGAUGACAAAACCCUUCGGAUCUGGGAAUUAUCCUCCCAGCACCGGAUGCUGGCAGUACGGAAACUUAAAAAAGGAGGAAGAUGCUGUGCUUUCUCCCCUGAUGGGAAAGCCUUAGCAGUUGGCUUGAAUGAUGGAAGUUUCUUGGUGGUGAAUGCUGAUACUGUGGAAGACAUGGUCUCCUUCCAUCACAGAAAAGAAAUGAUCUCUGACAUUAAAUUUUCAAAAGACACAGGAAAAUACCUUGCAGUGGCAUCCCAUGAUAACUUCGUGGAUAUUUACAACGUACUUACAAGCAAGAGGGUUGGCAUCUGUAAAGGAGCUUCCAGCUACAUCACACACAUUGACUGGGACUCUAGAGGGAAAUUAUUGCAAGUUAAUUCAGGUGCCAAAGAACAACUUUUCUUUGAAGCUCCAAGAGGCAGAAGACAUAUAAUAAGGCCCUCAGAGAUUGAGAAGAUAGAAUGGGACACAUGGACUUGUGUCCUGGGAUCCACCUGUGAAGGAAUCUGGCCAGCACAUAGUGAUGUGACUGAUGUCAAUGCUGCCAGUCUUACUAAAGAUGGCUCCCUCUUAGCCACUGGGGAUGAUUUUGGUUUUGUUAAGCUUUUUUCAUAUCCAGUCAAGGGACAGCAUGCAAGAUACAAGAAGUAUGUGGGGCACAGCGCACACGUCACUAACGUAAGGUGGCUGCACAAUGACUCUGUGUUGCUCACGGUAGGAGGUGCUGACACAGCCUUGAUGAUCUGGACCAGGGAAUUUGUGGGAACCCAGGAAAGCAAGCUAGUUGAUAGUGAAGAGUCAGAUACAGAUGCGGAGGAAGAUGGAGGCUAUGACAGUGAUGUUGCUAGAGAGAAGGCCAUUGAGUAUACCACCAAGAUCUAUGCUGUGAGCAUCAGGGAAAUGGAAGGCACCAAACCACACCAGCAGCUAAAAGAGGUGUCCAUGGAAGAAAGGCAGGGAAUUGUCAAGGGAUCAAGACCACCUGUAAGCCGGGCAGCUCCCCAGCCUGAGAAACUCCAGAAGAACAACAUCACCAAAAAGAAGUUGGUUGAGGAGCUGGCUCUGGACCAUGUGUUUGGCUACAGAGGAUUUGACUGCCGAAACAACCUGCAUUACCUUAAUGAUGGUGCCGACAUCAUUUUCCACACUGCAGCUGCUGGCAUCGUCCAGAACCUCUCCACAGGCAGCCAGAGCUUCUACCUGGAGCACACAGAUGACAUCCUCUGCCUCACAGUGAACCAGCACCCAAAAUACAGAAACGUGGUGGCUACCAGCCAGAUAGGGACAACACCUUCAAUUCAUAUCUGGGAUGCUAUGACCAAACACACCCUUUCCAUGCUGCGGUGCUUCCACUCCAAGGGGGUGAACUACGUCAACUUCAGUGCAACCGGGAAGCUCCUGGUGUCUGUGGGCGUGGAUCCAGAGCAUACCAUCACUGUCUGGAGAUGGCAAGAAGGUACCAAGGUUGCCAGCCGAGGUGGUCACCUGGAGCGUAUAUUUGUGGUAGAAUUUCGCCCCGACUCAGACACACAGUUUGUAUCUGUUGGGGUCAAACACAUGAAGUUCUGGACCCUGGCUGGAAGUGCCCUACUGUACAAGAAAGGGGUCAUCGGGUCCAUGGAAGCUGCCAAGAUGCAGACAAUGCUGUCUGUGGCUUUUGGUGCUAACAACCUCACUUUCACUGGUGCCAUCAAUGGAGAUGUCUUCGUGUGGAAGGAGCACUUCCUCAUCCGGCUGGUAGCCAAGGCUCACACAGGCCCUGUUUUCACAAUGUACACAACCCUCCGGGAUGGGCUUAUUGUGACUGGUGGAAAAGAACGGCCGACUAAAGAAGGAGGGGCUGUAAAGUUGUGGGACCAGGAGAUGAAGCGCUGCAGGGCUUUCCAAUUGGAGACAGGGCAGCUGGUGGAGUGUGUGCGCUCUGUGUGCCGAGGCAAAGGAAAAAUUUUAGUAGGAACCAAAGAUGGUGAAAUAAUUGAAGUUGGUGAAAAAAAUGCUGCUUCAAACAUCUUGAUUGACGGACAUAUGGAGGGGGCGAUCUGGGGCUUGGCCACACACCCCUCCAAGGACACCUUCAUCUCAGCCAGCAAUGAUGGCACAGCAAGGAUCUGGGACCUGGCUGACAAGAAACUGCUAAAUAAGGUGAACCUGGGCCACGCGGCCAGGUGUGCAGCCUAUAGCCCUGACGGGGAGAUGGUGGCUAUUGGCAUGAAGAACGGAGAGUUUGUCAUCUUGCUGGUAAACAGCCUGAAAGUUUGGGGGAAAAAACGAGACCGGAAAUCUGCCAUCCAAGACAUCAGAAUCAGCCCAGACAACAGAUUCAUAGCCGUGGGCUCUUCUGAGCACACGGUUGACUUCUAUGACCUCACUCAGGGCACAAGUCUGAAUCGCAUUGGCUACUGCAAAGAUAUCCCAAGCUUUGUCAUUCAGCUGGACUUUUCUGCAGAUAGCAAAUACAUUCAGGUGUCAACAGGAGCUUAUAAGCGCCAGGUGCAUGAAGUUCCCCUGGGGAAGCAAAUAACUGAAGCCAUGGUCAUCGAGAAGAUCACCUGGGCUUCCUGGACAAGUGUUCUAGGAGAUGAAGUCAUUGGAAUCUGGCCACGAAAUGCAGACAAGGCUGAUGUCAACUGUGCAUGUGUGACCCAUGCUGGCUUGAACAUUGUCACAGGAGAUGAUUUUGGGCUAGUGAAGCUCUUUGAUUUUCCAUGCACAGAAAAAUUUGCCAAGCAUAAACGUUACUUUGGUCACUCAGCUCAUGUGACAAACAUCCGUUUUUCUUAUGAUGACAAGUAUGUGGUCAGCACCGGAGGAGACGACUUCAGUGUAUUUGUGUGGCGAUGUCUGUAAAUGCCAGAACCUCGUGCAGUACGCCGCAUUUCCCCAGCUACUUCAGGCAAUAUAGAGGUGCCUCCUCCACACACAAGCUCUGAAUGCCAGUG